AUGUUGGCUUGGACGUGGCUUCUAGCUAUUGCGGUGGUGGCAGUACUGUGGUUGUAUCUCUACGGCUUUGUCACAACAUCGACUUCGACUUCGACUUCGACAUCCACAGCAUCAAUCGCAACUGACACCACAUCCUCCUCCAUUAUGGUCCCAACGCAACGACCGGGUGGCGCCGCCAUCUACGGUCCCACCGUGAGCCUGCUCCAGGGCACCUACGUCGGCACUACGCUCAUGUCCUCGCCGCGCUUUCCCAAGGCCAUCGAGGCCUUCCGCGGCGUGCCGUACGCGCAGGACACGGGUGGCCAGAACCGCUUCCGUCCGCCCCAGCCAUUACCAAAAUCCAACCAAAUAUUUGACGCCGUAGCCUGGGGCAAAAUCUGCCCCAAUGGCGGCGUCGUCCAGCGCAACAUGAGCGAGAACUGCCUCAACGCCAACAUCUACCGACCCGCGGGGCUGGUCGACCGAUACGGAUAUGAGAAGACGGACGAUGGCUCCCGGUCGCAGACGCGACCCCGCUUGCCCGUCGUGGUGUAUGUUCAUGGGGGUGGCUUCAACGUCGGUCACGGUGGUGAGCGCAACAUGGCCAGCUUCAUCGCCUGGGCCAAGGCCCCCAUGGUUUCCGUCAACUUCAACUAUCGCGUUGGCGCCCUGGGCUUCCUCCCGUCCGAGGUGACAGCCCGGGAAGGUCUGCUCAAUCUGGGCCUGCAGGACCAGCAGAUGCUGCUAAGCUGGGUUCAAGACAACAUCGAAGCAUUCGGUGGUGACCCCGACAACGUGACCAUCAUGGGCCUCAGCGCGGGUGCUCACUCGAUCGGCCACCACAUCAUGUACUACUCCCGCAAAGACGUCAAAACCCCCUUCGUCAAGGCCAUCCUCGAGUCCGGCGCGACUACCGCCCGGGCCGUUUUCUAUCCAACCCACCCCCGUCACCUUAUGCAAUACCGCGAGUUCCUCAUUGCUGCGGGUGCUGAUGGCGUCCCGGAACACGAACUUUUCAAUCACCUGCGCAACAUCCCGCUUCAAACCAUCGUGAGCGCCUCCCAGGUGGUCUGGGAUCAGAACUGCGAGACCGUCACCUGGCCCUUCCAGCCGGUCAUCGACAGCCCCAACACCUACGCCCAGUCCAGCCAGGCCAACCCCAUGUCCCCGCUCAUCCCCGACCUCCCCAUCAACUCGUGGCUCGCCCAUAACCACGUCGACAUCCCCAUCAUCACCGGCUUCAACACCAACGAAGGCACCUUGUUUAUUCCCGGGGGCGCCGACGACCCCGAAUCCUUCCGCACCUUCUUCCAAGACCUCAUCCCAGCCCUAUCCCCCGCCGAUCUCGACGAACUCGAAUCCCUUUACCCCUGCCCCGUCAGCAACCCCUCCCGCAGCCCAUACACCCGCGUGCCAGUCGGAAUGGGCCGCCAAUGGGCCCGCCUCGACGCCGCAUACGCCCACUACGCCUACAUCUGCCCCGUCCUACACACCGCGCACUACCUCUCCCGCGCGGGCCAGAAGGUCUACGUCUACCGGUACGCAGCCACCUCCCACAACGGCACAGCCAACCAUGGCGACGAAGCCGCCGUUGUAGCACACGAUCUGGUGGCGCUUCGCUGGCGCCCGGGGAUGCGGGAGUUGAUGGCCGCCGUGCACGGACGCUGGUCGCGAUUUGCCGCAAGCGGGGAAUCGAACCCGGACGAUUACACCACGGGUACCUACGUCAAUCCAUACGGUGAAGCCGAAGAAGAAAAAGAAGGAGAAGGCAGAGAUCGCGUCCCCUGGCCGCGAUUCAUCUCGCCGUUCGACGACUGGGAUGACCGUCCUGCGGUGGGCAAAAUUAUGGUGUUUGGCGAAGGGAACGAUGUCAUGGGAGGCGGAACACACAUGGGCUUGGCUGCGCAGGUGGUGGAUUUGACAGAGCUGGAGAAGGCGGCGUGUAGGUUUUGGUGGGCGCGGAUUAGGUUAAGUGAGGGGUUAGGAGAGGCGGUGCCUGGGCAGACGGCAAGGAGGGGGGCGGGGGCGAAGUUGUAG